ACAUAUAUAGCGAAAUUCACGGUCUCGAUUCAUUUAGAAUUGAUUUGAACGACGAAGCGCCCAUGAAUUCCCGAUUAUUUUUACUGGUCGCCCUUGCUGCAGUCCUGAGUGUGGGAUCAACUCAGGGAAAAGUCGCUUUCAAGAAUCAAAAUGCACUUCGCACUAUCUCUUCCAGCAUGAAUGAAUUUGCCGGUAACUUCUAUAAGAACCUUGCUAAGAUUGAGUCAGGCAACUUUAUUAGCUCUCCUUUGAGUGUUUCGAUGAUGCUUUCUAUGUUGACUUUUGGAGCAAAUGGAAAAACUGAAGAACAGCUCCGAUCAAUCUUAGGCCUUCCCAAAGAUGACGCCCUUACCAAAGAUGGUUUUACAUCUCUCAUUGAUUCAUUGAAUAGUAUCAAGAGAGCGGAGUUUCGGCUGGAGAAUAAAAUCUUUAUAGAUAACAAUUUGCAAUUGGAAGGCGAUUUUGAACGUGUGAUUGGAGAUACUUUUGGAUCAACAGUUCAACCCGUAGAUUUUUCUCGAGUGAGAGCGGCAGCUCGAACCAUUAAUGAUUGGGCGGCUGAAAUAACUAACAACAAAAUCAAAGAUCUUUUCAAACCCGACGAUCUUCAAGGCGCUACUACAGUUCUAGCCAAUGCUGUUUACUUCAAGGGUAAUUGGAAGAAACAAUUCUCCAAAAGUCUAACAAAAGCACAAGAUUUUCAUGUCAAUGAGCGAAUCACCAAGAAAGUUGAUAUGAUGGCGAUUAAAGAGAGCUUCCAUUCUGGGAGAUUACCGAAAAAUGAUGCGACGUUCAUUGAAAUUCCAUAUGAGAGGGAAGACAGUAGUGGCCAAAUAAGUAUGUUUGUAAUUGUACCUGACGAAAUCAACGGACUCCAGAAUGUCGAGAGGACUCUUCACGAGGUGAACUUUGGUGCACUCAAAGGAAGUACUUCAAAGACCCAAUUAUAUCUGCCAAAAUUCAAAGUCGAAAGCAAAUUCAAUCUCGAAGAAAUUCUAAAGCAGUUGGGUAUUCAAAACGUAUUUGAAAAUGGCGCCGACUUCAGUGGCAUUACGAAAACGCCGAUGCAUAUUAGCAAAGUUAUCCAAAAAGCUUAUAUCAAUGUUGACGAGAAAGGGAGCGAAGCUGCUGCAAUUACUGGCAGCAUUGGUGUAGCCACCAUUCCGGAACCCCCACAACCAAUAAAUAUAGUAAAAGUCGAUCGACCUUUUGUUUAUGCGAUCGUGCAUGGAGAUGAUAAAACAGUAAUUUUUCAAGGGCAUGUAACUUCACCAGUUAAAAACAUGAAGGGGAUGGCGGAAAAUUUUGUGAUGUCACCUAUCGGUAUCUCUAUGGUGACUGCUAUGGCAUCGUUUGGUGCAGGUGGUGAUACGAAAAAUCAAAUGCGUAAAUCCCUUGCGAUGCCAGAAGACGAAACCAUGGCGAAGAGUGGAAUCAAGAGCUUGAUCGAUCAGUCCAAUGACAUCAAGGGUGUUGAAUUGAAAAUGGCUAACAAGAUCUUCACGACAACGGGCGUUGAUAUGAAACCUGAAUUCAAAGAAGUAACUGAGAAGACAUUUGACUCGAUAGCUCAAAGUAUGGAUUUCACAAAACCUGAGGCUGCUGAGACCAUCAAUACGUGGGCAGCUGAGAUGACGAAUAACAAAAUCCAAAAUUUGAUGAAGCCAGACGACAUCAAAGACGCUUCAAUGGUACUGGCCAACGCCGUGUACUUCAAGGGAAAAUGGGCGAAACCUUUUGCCAAAGAAAUGACUACUACAAAACCAUUUAAUUUGAACGAAAAAACAACAAAAGACGUUAUGAUGAUGAGCAAAAUGGAUCGAAUGUUGUAUGGAGAGAUCCCUAGUAUCAACUCUAAAUUCAUAGAAAUUCCAUACGAGCGGUCGGAAGAAUCCCCAGGAAUGAGAGUCAACAUGUACCUCAUUGUACCAAAUGAACUAAACGACGGAUUACGGAAUUUGGAGAAUAAAAUAGAAAGUUUAGACUUAGAAACAGCUCGAGGACACGUAGGAAUGCGAGAUGUGAUGCUCCAGAUGCCCAAGUUCAAGAUGGAGAGCACCACUGAUCUGAAACCUGCAAUGGAAGAGAUGGGAAUGACUGAUAUGUUCAGUGAUAAGGCGGAUUUCAAGGGCAUCACUGAUGCUCCACCACUGAAGAUUGGAAAGGCCAUGCAGAAAGCUAUGAUUGAUGUGAAUGAAGAGGGUAGUGAAGCUGCUGCUGUUACUUCAAUGGUAGCAGUGCCCAUGUCAAUGCCUAUGCCUCCAGAAGACCCAGUGAUUAUGACGGUUGACAGACCUUUCUAUUUCGCUAUUAUUAUGGUCAAUGAUCAAUUAGAGGGAGAUUCUAUUGUCAUUGCUCUCGGUGCAGCUCUGAUAGCUACAGGCUUUCCAAAUACAUUAUCAGCAGCUGUUCCAGAAAAAAAUGACGCACUCAGGGCUGUUUCAACGACACUCAAUCAAUUCGCGGUCGAUUUUUUCAAGAACAUAUCGGAGGAAAACAGAUCAACUAAUUUAAUCUGCUCCCCUGUGAGCGUAUCAAUGGUCUUGUCAAUGGCGGCAUUUGGAGCAGGUGGUGAUACAGCAAAAGAAAUGCGUUCAGGACUUCGUCUACCAUCCGACGAUGCAGUCACCAAAAGUGGUUUUGAAUCGUUAAUCGAUAUUCUCAAUAAUGUCAAGAAAGUCGACCUCAAAGUAGCUAAUAAAAUCUUCACGGCAAGCGGUUUUGAAGUAAAACCAGCCUUCAAAGAAGUUACAGCAAAAUCCUUUAAAUCCCAAGCUGAGAGCUUGGAUUUUGGAAAAGCAGAAGCUGCGAGUGCAACAAUCAACGCCUGGUGCUCAGCACAAACAAAUGGUCUUAUCAAAGAUGUGAUCAAACCAGAUGACUUGGCUGCAGCUGCUAUGGUCCUCGUCAAUGCCGUAUACUUCAAAGGCCAAUGGAAGAACAAAUUCAGAGAAUCUCUGACCCAACCUAGACCUUUCCACGUCAACGAUAAGACAACACAGGACGUACCCAUGAUGACCACACGAUACCGGUACAAUUAUGGAAAUCUGCCAGACCUGGAUGCUCAGUUUGUGGAGUUACCCUAUCAACAUGAAAAUGAGACUGAUGCUACAAGUAUGUUCAUCAUCCUCCCUAACAAUGUCGAUGGUUUGACGAAAGCUGAGAGCAACCUUGAUAAGGUGAACUUCCAGGAUCUUCACGACAGGCAUGCAAUGACUGACAUGUUCCUGUACCUUCCUAAAUUCAAAACCCAGAGUUCCUUCAACUUGCAAAAUACUCUCGUGAAGAUGGGAUUGGGGCGUAUGUUCUCGGACAACGCAGACUUCACCGGAAUUACCGAUAAUCCACCACUUAAGAUAAGUAAAGUUCUCCAGAAAGCCGUAAUUGAAGUAAAUGAAGAGGGAAGUGAAGCUGCUGCAGUGACAGCUGUAAUAAUGACUGAGUUGGCACCUGCAGUACCGAUUAUUCCGAUAACAAUGGAAAUCGACAGGCCUUUUAUUUUUACAAUAGUCCACCAAUCAACGAAUACCAUUCUCUUCCAAGGAAAAAUUAUGCUUCCCAAGAAUAAUAUAAAAAAAGAGAAGUUGAAUCUGGCAAACAAGAUAUUUACAGCAGAAGGCUUGGAAGUUAAAUCUGAGUUCAGAGCGAUUAUCAACUCGUUGUUUAAAUCAGAGGUGGAGAGUGUUGAUUUUACUAAACUCGAUGAGAGCAGUAGAAUAAUCAAUGUUUGGUGUGAAACGCAGACCGAGGGGUGCAUCAAAGAUGUCGUCCAACCUAACGAUGUGCAGGACGCUUCCCUGAUUCUGGUGAAUGCCAUUCACUUCAAGGGAAAAUGGGUAAAGCCUUUUGAAAAAGCGUUUACAGGAUCCCAGAAAUUCUCGAUCAGUGAAACUGCCACGAAGGAGGUGUCAAUGAUGUGGAUAGAUGAUUAUUUCAAUUGCGGGGAUCUUCCUGAUCUUGAUGCUCAGUACGUUGAAUUACCGUUCCAGAGCGAGAAUGAAGAUGAUGCCAUUAGCAUGUACAUUAUUGUCCCUGACAAAAUGACCGGAUGGCAGAAAGUGGAGGCAAAUCUUGAUAAAAUAUAUUUCCAAGAACUCAACGGGCCUCCCGAAAGACUUAAGUUAGGUGUUCCUAGGUUCCAAGUUGAAAGCAAAUUUGAGCUUGAACCGGUUCUAAGCAAGAUGGGGAUGAAGAUGCCAUUCUCAGAUACAGCUGAUUUCACAGGAAUAACUGACGCGCCUCCAUUAAAAAUCAGUAAAGUCAUUCAAAAAGUGCUUAUCGAAGUAAAUGAAGAGGGAACAGAGGCUGGUACUGUUACACAGCGCAGUAUUUGGAAUUGUUCAUCGAUCGCGGUUGUUCUUCAGUUCCACUAUUUCAGUGCAUUCACGAUGUCAACGCUGACAAGUCUAGACGCUGCACGCACUGUCGCCGCAAACGUUAAAAAAUUCUCAUCGAGCUUUUACAAGGUAGUGGCAGGUGAUGGAGAGAAAAAUCUCAUUUGUUCAUCUUUGAGUGUUUCUGUUGUGCUGUCCAUGCUAACGUAUGGAGCUCGUGAAAAAACCGAAGGAGAAUUAAAGUCAGCCCUGCAUUUUGAUGAUGAUGACACUGUUAAUAAGAAUGGUCAUCAAUUACUAAUCGACACCUUCAACGCGUUCAAAACCGUUCAACUUAAACUAGCCAAUCGGAUAUUCGUGGCUGAUUAUAUCAAACUCAAACCUAAAUAUCAAGAGAUAACAGAAACAUAUUUUCGAUCUGUGACUCAGAAUGUUAACUUUGAGAAUUCCGUUGAAGCUAGCAACACAAUCAACAGAUGGUGUGAGGAAAAAACUAAUGCUCGUAUUAAAAACGUCGUUCUACCAGGGGAUUUAAAUUCCAAUACUGCACUCAUCCUCGUCAACGCGGUUUACUUCAAAGGAAAUUGGAAGGACACAUUUGAUGAUAUUCUCACGGUACCAAAACCAUUUCACAUUGAUGAAAAUACAACCAAAGAAGUACCUAUGAUGCACAGGGAAGGAAGAUAUAAAUUGAGUAACCUGUCAGAACUCAAUGCAACAUGCAUCGAACUUCCCUACGAGAGCAACGAUGAAACAGAUGCUAUGAGCAUGUUUAUAAUUCUUCCUGACAAAAUUGAUGGCCUGAGAGAUAUCGAAAAUAAACUCGACAACAUGGAUUUUCUCGAACUGCACAAGAAUCGAUCCUCCUCACGCUCGAUUGAUUUACAAUUACCUAAAUUCAAGAUUGAAAGUACUAUCGAUUUAAAUCCUGUUCUUGAAAAGAUGGGAAUGGGGAACAUGUUCGAAGGCAGCGCGAACUUUGAAGGCAUGGCAGAUUCUCCAUUAUCAGUCAGUAAAGUUAUUCAGAAGGCGUUUAUAGAAGUAAAUGAAGAAGGGAGCGAGGCUGCAGCAGUUACAGCUGUUAUGAUGCUGCGAUGCAGCAUGCCUCUCCCAUCGAUGCCUGUUAUUGUGGAUAGGCCAUUUUUCUGCACAAUUGUCGCUAAAUACACUGGCACACAACUUUUCUCCGGUCGCGUUAUUGAUCCGAGUAUUUAAAUCUUUAGAUUAAAAUUGGGUAGAGGUAGAAGUUUCUAUUUUAUCGUUGAGAGUGUUUACGAUUAUUCAUUGUUGUAGGAUUUUCCUAGACUAAAAAAAUGAAAAAUCCUCGUAGGACUUUGAGAUUAUUUUUUUUAAACAAUUGAUAUUUUAUCUGUCUUUUGACAACUCCGCCGAAUGCUUAUUGUCUUCGUAAAUUGAAAAGCUUGUUAAUUGUGAUUUCUGUUUGAUUUAAUGUAACACACGAAGAUGAAAAAUAAAUACUAUUAAUGUAGCUGUUA